AUGUCCCCGAAACCGACCUCCCCUUCUCACGGGAACCCCGUCCUGCCCCUGAGAUCUAGGCUAGGAUGCAAAACUUGCAAAAUUCGACGCGUCAAAUGUGGUCAAGAAAAGCCCAACUGUGUGCGAUGCAGUAGUACGGGUCGCAAGUGCGAGUAUGUCAAGGCAACCGCGGGCACAUUUUCGUCCGCUUCGCCUCCGUCUACCACUGCUCUCGAUCAUCCCCUGUCAUCUGCUCCCAACACCGUCUGGCGUGAACGGCGUGCCUUUGCAUACUACUUUGAGCGGGUGGCCCUGUUUGUGGGUGGUGAUCUGGAUGUGGAUUUUUGGAGCAGCUUCGUGCCCCAGCUGUGCCAUGGGGAGCCGGCAGUGUGGGACGCCAUCAUCUCCAUCAGUGCCCUCUUCGAGACACAUGAUCAACCAUCAAAUCUCGUCUCCAUACAGCUGCUCAACCAGUCCCCCGUAACCCACUCACAAGGGGAUGCUUUAGCCUGGUAUUCGCGCUCCGUGUCUGCGAUGCGUCAACGGAUCGAGCGUGGUCAGGUCGACCUCUUUGUCGGGCUGAUGACCUGUGUUCUCUUCAUCUGCGUCGAGACUCUGCAGGGGCGUGAGAAGGAGGCCUUGCAGUUGUUCAGUCAGGGUCUGCAGCUGAUCCAUGCCUUACGCGCCCAGAUUGCGUCCGGGAUGGUGCCGGCCGCUAGAGCAAUCUUAUUUGAAGAUGCCAUUGUCCCCAUCUUCAUUCGACUCGCGGUGGUUUCCUUUAAUGAAGCAGCCCCUCAGCUAGACAACCUCUUAAGGACUCGUGCACAUAUCUCGUCGUUCGAUUUUACCAACCUGCGGUACGCGCGUGAAGCUCUGACCGUCCUGGGUGCUGAGACGAUGCUCUUUGAACGCCGGUGUGUGGAGCAAUUGGCGCAAUCGAACGCAGUAUAUGUGACUCAGGAACUCUUUGAGCAGCAAGCCAGUUUCUUUCAGAGACUGCAAGCUUGGGACAUAACUUUCAAGAAACUUCUGGAUUCCCUGUUCGCGCGCGGCCCAUUGUCGCAGCAACAGGUCAUUAACAGCGCCCUGCUUAUUGCCCACCACAAGACCACCGUCAUUCUCACCACUAUUUGCGUCUCGUCGUUACAAAGCAUAUCAGACCAAUGUCUGGAAGAGUUUCAGGCCAUUAUAGACCAGUGCACUCUGGCUCUUAAUGCGUCCAGACGACCGGACGGGACCCAGCCACCGUUCACAUUCGACAUCGGGGUUGGAGUCCCCCUCUGGGUUACCAGCCUUCGAUGCCGAGAGCCACGCAUCCGCCGCGCUGCGGUCGACUUGCUCCGUCGCGCUCCUCCGCUGAUGGGCUUCUACCGCUCCACCUCGGCUGUCAGCUUUGCGGAGCACAUUAUGAUGCUGGAAGAAGCAAAUGCCAUGGCGUUGAGACGGACUCGGAGGGAGAAUUUGGUAGAGGCGGCGGCUGGUGGUAAGUCAGAUAAGCAAGGCAGCUACUACGAUACACCACAGCUCGAAAUGGACGGUGCCGUGAUGGCAUUGGCGGAGAUUCCCGAAGAGGCACGAAUUGGACCUAUCAAUGUGGUUCGUCAAGACGAAGGCUCACCGACCACGAUGAUGGAGGAGCGUGUAGCAAGUUGUAACUCCAGCCGUGAAGUGACGGGGAUGCGCUUUUCUCGCAACCAGCGGGACCCGGCGAAUAAUACGUGGACUCGCGUCCACGAAUAUCUUCCUCUUGAACCCCCAAGGGCUGAAAGAUAG